UAUCAAGUUUUAAAAUUGUCAUACAUGCAGCAAAACAUAAGAAAACUGGCAGAAAUGGAGCCAGUGAUCAAUAUGUCGUGUUUUAUCACCUUAUUCCACCCGAUACACGGAUACAGAUCAAUCAUGCGCCACCCAUCUGAAAAUGAAAGUGAAAGUAAACACCCGAGCAGUUAGCUUACCGGGGACAAGACACACGAUUCAGCCUUUUGCAGUCUGACUGUCCACUAAAGGAAAAUGAGAGAAGUGGCAACGUGUGGAUUUUUCAUUCUUCUUUUUGACGUCGCACUGAGUUUGGCUGGUUGGGCCGGACUGGUGCUGCUGGAGUGCCCCAGUUGUGGUAGACUGGCAGGCGUGUGGGCUUUUGGGGCAGUAAAGUGGGCUAUCCUCCACGUUUUCACCUCCAUACUGACUGAUGGAAAGCCCCAGGCUGUGCUCGGCAGGAUGGUGGCGCUCCUCUGCCUCCUUUCGCCUGUGUUUGAAAGUAGACACUUACUUAUGGCAAGUCCCGUGGAGGCUUAUAUGGGACCAUCCCUUGACCUCAGCAUGCUGCUCUUGGGCCCGAUGUCCGCGUCACUGGCCUGCUUGGUUUGGGAAAAGGGACUCUGCGGUGAUGGAAAGAUAAGAAAAGAUACCAACAAACUGAAUGCUGGACAGUUGCUUAUGAGGAUGGUGAAGUACUUCAAACCAGACACCAUUCACCUGAUUGCAGCUUUUAGUUUCCUCAUCUUAGGAGUCAUCUGCGACACAUUUAUCCCACUUUAUCAGGGGAAUGUAAUCGAUAUGCUAAGAGGUCAAGUGUUUCAAAUCAGCUUCUGUCAUGCAGUGGGACAGUUGGCACUUGUCUCUCUUGGAAGUGCUCUGUUCUCUGGCAUGAGAGGAGGCAUAUUCAUGUGCACCCUGGCCAGACUGAACAAGAGACUGAAGCAUCUGCUGUUUCACACCCUCAUGCAGCAGGAAGUGAACUUCUUUGAUGAGAUCAAACCUGGAGCUCUUUCCUCCCGCCUGCACUCUGACGUGGACAGGAUGGGUCGCACGGUAGCACUGAACGCCAACGCGCUGGUUCGCAGCACAGUCAAAACCUGCCUCAUGCUCACAGUGAUGCUGGGCCUGUCCUGGGAGCUCACUGUGCUCACAUGUAUAGAGAUUCCGCUGUUGGCCAUAGUGCAGAACAAAUACAUCACUUUGUCCAAGGAGCUGAAAGAUCAGAUACAGGACUGUCACGCUCAGAACAAAGACCUGGCUUCUCAGACCAUCGGUGGGAUUCGAGCAGUCCGCAGCUUUAAAGCAGAGGAAGAUGAACUGAGGAGGUAUAAUGAGGCUCUGGAGCAGAUGUGCGCUGUCAAGAGACGUUCAGGGAUCUACAGUGCAACCUUUGGCUUUAUACGGAGGCUGGUGACUCUGGGGAUAAAGAUCCUCAUGCUUUUACAAGCCCGCAACCUCAUCUCCUCCGGGCGGCUCACUAUCGGGAGUCUCGUGUCCUUUUUCUUGUACCAGAAACCCAUGUCGAACAAUUUAAAGGAGAUUUUAUAUUGCUACGGAGAAACGGUGUCCACAAUGGGAGUCAUCUCCAAAGUAUUCAGCUAUCUGGACAGGACACCACAGUGUAAGAAGGCGGGAGAGUUAGCUCCUGAGAAGCUGCAAGGAAGAAUUGUUUUCCAAAAUGUCACCUUCGCCUACCCCUCAGCUCCUCCAGAUAAAGUAGCACUGAAGUCAGUUUCAAUGGAGCUGCAGCCGGGGAGGAUGACAGCCCUGGUGGGUCCCUCUGGUGGUGGAAAGACUUCCUGUGUGAAGCUCCUGAAGAGGCUGUAUGAGCCUCAGGAGGGACAGAUCCUGCUGGAUGGAGAACCGCUGCACCAUUACAAACACAAAUACCUCCAUCAGAAGUUGGCCGUGGUAUCCCAGAAUCCCGUGCUGUUUUCUGGUUCACUGAGGUACAACAUUGAAUACGGCCUGGAGGACUGCAGCAUUGAAAGGGUGAAAGAAGCUGCACAGAAGACCAACACAAGCGACUUCAUAUCUGGACUAGAAAACGGAUAUGACACAGAUGUUGGAGAAUGUGGCGGCAAACUCUCAGAUGGACAGAAGCAGAGCAUCGCCAUCGCCAGAGCUCUGGUCCGAGAUCCGCAGGUCAUCAUACUGGACGAGGCCACCAGCAAACUGGAUGUUGAAGCACAGCAUGCUGUCCUGCAGGAGAUUCUGUCUUGUGGUCGAACAGUCCUGGUGGUGGCUCAUCAGCUGAAGACUGUGGAGAAGGCCGAUCACAUCAUCUUCGUAGAGAAGGGAGCAGUCGUGGAGGAGGGGACACACCAAGAGCUCAUGGCCAAGCGAGGACGAUACCAUCGUUUGAAAGAGGAGCUGUUCUCCCAACACAGCUGAGAGAAGCUCAGUCCCGUCUUGGCCGACUGAAAUGUGUGACUAUGCCUCCUGUAACCUUACAAGAUGAGACUGUUUCUCAUCUUGUAAGGUAUGAGGACAUUUUUUUAGUGCAAAGCAUCUACAGUAAAUGAAAGAGUAGUGUGGUCUGCAUGUUUUCAUGUGAGUAAAUUGUUUUUACUUCUGUCUUAACAGCACCGGAGAACAGUGAAACUGACAAUGACAUCUGGCUGAUCGUCCAGAAAUGAAACUCCAGGGUUUACUAAUGUAACUCUAGUGAACUGUUGAAUGUCAAUUGGUCAAUAUUAUUUUUAAGGCAAUUUUGUGCUUUGAUGCAUUUUUAAACCUCACUCAUUCAAAGUGUUUUUGUUUUUGCCACAAAAAAAACCUAUUAAUAAUCACUAAAGGUGUAUUCACUCAAUUACUGUACGUACGUAUCAGUCUUUGUAGGAUACUGUAAUCGUGUAUUGUACUUUUUACUCCACUACAUGUAUUUUACAGCUGUAAACUUUAUAAAUUCAGACUUUAGAUUCUGUCAAUUUAGGUGGUUGCCGACUUCUGAGCUGAGCAGCCACAGAACUAAAUCAUCGUCUGACUGCAGCUGAUGACGAUUUAAACUCUUAGAGAAGACUCUGUAACCCUUUCAGCUUUAUAAAAAUCAACAAUUCUC